UCUCCAUUGAAGCGGAAGCCAAUCCAAAAAGGUCGAUUAUUAUUCACCCUCCGCUAUCCCAGCCUUGCAACAAUGGCGACUGAUAACAAGACGAUCGUCGUUCCCCCAAAGCGGGCCAAUACUGACUAUCCGCUGAUUGACUCCGACCCGCAUUUGAGACGGGUUUUCGGGUAUGCACGACCUUCUGAUUAUGCAGUGGGCGGUGGAAUGGCUGCUGCGUCUCCUCUUGCAUUCUGGGUUAUGGAAAGAGUGAGCCCGUCCCAUGUUGGCAGGGGAGGCUUUGCCCCUGUGAUGCGAUUGGCAACAGCUAUUGGUCUUAUUGGUGGUCUACACGUGGUUUAUCAGAGAUCCUGCAAUCGCUUCUAUGGGUUCACAGAGAACUCGAGAGAAGUCGAUAUGGAUAUGAAAGAGAUGGUAGAAAAAGUCAAAAAAGGGGAGCCUAUAUAUGGCACAUCCAAGGUCUCCGCAUACCUGCAAGGCGUUGCUGCUCGGAACUCCAGGUACUCUGAGCUAUUUAUCCAUGUUCUCCCAUGGUUCAACCUUGUCAACCACGACCAGUACAAGCAUGGUGUCGACACGGCCAAAUAUUAUCAGCAGGCUGAGCGGGAGCUGGAAGCCGAGCGGUUGAAACAAGCUGGAUCUUCUUGAACUUUGUGGCACGAAGGGCGGUAAAAGCAC